GUAGAAUUUAUUUACUACUUUUUUUACCUAGAACUCCCAAACACGGUGCAAGAAGACCGGAGGGGAUGUGUAUCAUCAAAACGCACCAACAAAUGGAGAGUCUGGUGGUAGAAGAGCUGCAGAGAAAAUCGAUCAAGUGGGCUAAAGUAAUCGAAGAGAUAGUGAAACUGGAGAAGAAGAUCUUCCCAAAGCACGAAUCGCUUGCUAGAUCCUUCGACGACGAACUCAAGAAGAAAAACUGUGGAUUGCUUUACUCUGUCGUCGACGGAGAAGUUGCAGGCUAUGUCAUGUAUUCAUGGCCUUCUUCACUGUGCGCCUCCAUUACAAAACUUGCAGUGAAGGAGAACUGUAGGAGGCUAGGCCAUGGAGAGGCACUGCUGAAAACAGCAAUUCAGAAAUGCAGAGCUAGAAAUGUCCACCGCAUAUCACUCCAUGUCGAUCCCUUGAGAGUUCCAGCCGUGAAUCUCUACAAGAAACUUGGUUUCCAAAUUGACAGCCUCAUAGAAGGUUACUACUCUUCUGACCGAAAUGCCUAUAGAAUGUACUUGGAUUUUGACACCCAUUAGCGGAAGCUACUGAAAGCAUUGUUCAAAUUCUUCCACCAAGCCUGCUUUUCGAAAGGCAAGCUUAAGCAGGUCUGUGCUGAGUUUGAUGAAUCCUCAUCGAACACCAAAUGUUCUAUCAAAUUUUUCUGUGUGUGUUUCGAAUGAGAUUGACAUGUGACCAAUCACCGUCUUUAUUUAUUUGCGUAUAUCUUAACCAGUUUGUUUUUUUUUUUUUUAUCCAGUUCAUGAAGUUGAUGAAUAAUGAAUUGCCAUGCUAGUGAUUAGUUUAAAGUUAGGGAAAAUUACAUAUAAAUGGAGUCAAAGUUUCAUAUUUACUUAGAGGCUGAGUCAAAGUUCCAUAUUUCUCUAAAAUGGAUUGCUGAGGUGGCACAUGGUUUUUUACUGUUUAGAAAUUGUGGUACCUAAAAUACCCUUCCACGAAGGUACUACUUUUUCUUCGAAGGUAUUACUUUUUUGAACUGAAGGUACUACUUUUUGGCGUCCAGGUACCAUGUUUUUUAAACACCCGCGAAGGUACUACUUUUUCUCCGAAGAAAUAUUGGAAGCUGAUGAUGAUGAUAUUGAUGGCCCUCCAUUGUUUUCGGUCUCACUGGGCGUAGCUUGUAGAUGAUGAUAAGUUUGCUUCCAUGAUGUAUUGUCUUUUGCUACUAAAAAGAUGGCAAGUUUCUUAGCUGAUUCAUAUUUCACCAUUUCCUUCCUAA